ACGCGGGCGGCCUGGCUUCUCUGCGAGCCGCGCCGCACCGGAGCGGGAGGCGCAGCCGGAGCCGGAGCCGGAGCCUGAGCCGCGCUGUAGCCAGCUCCGUGCGCUCGCGGAGCGCCGCGCCAUGGAGCCCUCGCACAAGGACGCCGAGACUGCGGCUGCCGCCGACCCCCGUGGGGCGGCCUCGUCCAGCGGGGUGGUGGUGCAGGUCCGCGAGAAGAAGGGGCCCUUGCGCGCCGCCAUCCCCUACAUGCCCUUCCCUGUGGCCGUCCUCUGCCUCUUCCUCAACACUUUCGUGCCCGGACUGGGGACCUUCGUCUCAGCCUUCACUGUGCUGUGUGGAGCCCGCACAGACCUCCCGGACAGACAUGUGUGCUGCGUCUUCUGGCUGAACAUUGCAGCAGCCCUCAUCCAGAUCCUCACAGCCAUCGUCAUGGUGGGCUGGAUCAUGAGCAUCUUCUGGGGCAUGGACAUGGUCAUCCUUGCCAUUUCCCAAGGGUACAAGGAGCAGGGCAUCCCCCAGCAGCUGUGAGCCCAUGAGACCUGCCUGGGAGCCCAGAGUGAUCCUAAGGAGGUGUCAGAAGGCGGCUCUCAGCCCAAGGACCUUUCUAUGCUCUCUUCUGCUGUGUUCUGCAUUUGGGGUGGAAAGGGGUAUUUUAAACAAUAUUUAUUUUGAAAAUGCAACUGCUUUGCCCAGCAAGCUCUGAGGGCUGCCAGUUCUCCCUCCUGCUUGGGAAAGCUGUGUAGGUAUGGAGGAGCUAGGCAUGUGGGCACAGAGACAGGCUGAGGUGCUCGGCAGGCUUGUCCUCACCUGGCAGAGCCAACUGCCCUCUGUAGAGCACCCAGAACUUCUGGGCAGGGCCUCUGUGGGCCUGAGAGCACUUCCCCUGGCCUCUAUGCCUCACCUGGUGCCCUUCAUAUUCAUUUUGUGGCCUCCCAGGGGCAGGGUGAGAGUGAAGAUGGCCAGAUUCCUGCCCACUGAGGACAAGGCCCGAGCCCCCAGCUGGCCCAGUGUUGUGUCUGGCUGUACCCCAGCCUGCUUGCUGCUGAGAGGUGGAGCUGAAUGGUUCUCAGCUUGGUUUCUCUUGGCAAGGGGACAAUGACUCUGGCCCUUGGGCACAAUGGCCAGAGUUGCCAUAUGUUUAAGCCCAGAUGCACCAGACUGAGGAAUGUGUGGGUUCAGUGGGUGACCUUCUUUAGACUACUCAGUACCACUCCUAGACUUAUGGCUUUUUCUGAAAACCUUGUAGACACAAGUCUCUGGAUACAGAACUUUCAGAUCUGAGAAAGAUGAUGCGAUCCCUUUCCAUGCAUUUCUGGGUAGCCUCCUAGUGGUCAGGCCACCCUGCACACCAGCAGGUGAACGAACACUUCUGCCAAGAGAUAUGCGAUGCGUCCAGUGCACUGGAUCAGUGAGAACUGCGGAUAACGUCAUUGUUCAGGUCAGGUCUCUCCACCAAGUCAGUCGUGGAGUUCCAGAGUGGGAAGCAGUUCUAUGAGGUGGUGGGCCUCAAUCUGAAAACUCUACCAUCAAGCAGGAGCAUUGGAAGAGACUGCCAGCGAAGCACAGGGUCCUUGUGUGCCCAGGGACCGUGCCCUUGUGCAGCUCCUCUCUAGGUGGAGGCUGCAUCUCCACUCUUCUAAUGCAGAAGGCACUAGUUGGGUGUGAUCCUGCUCAGGAGGUGCUUCUUGUCUGUCAAGGCUCAGUCAGAAGGUGACGUGGCCACCUUCUCUGCUGUUAGAUGGGGGAAAGUGAGAAGCAGGGCCACCUAACCAGCCCCCCUACCCUGUACGGGGCUGGGCAACCAAAGUCCUGCCAGGGAGCAGCAAACGGACAGCUUCCUGACUCCCUGAGGAUCCCCCCAGCUCGUGGCUUGCUCUGGCCCUGAAGGAGCCAUCUGCCCACCUCACCACACCCCCUGAAUUUUCUGAUCCUUGGGUUCUUCAUCUUUCACAUCCUGGGCUGGCUGCACAUUUUGACUCUGGGCAGUGACCUGGCCACCUCCCACCCCUUCCUCAUGACCCCACUGGACCAGACUUUGGGGGCUCUCUCCUGUUCAGAGCCCUUAGUGUCUUGAGCCGGGGGUCAGAUUUGGUUUUAUGCAAAGAAUCUGAGCCUUUGUCUUUGUGCACAUUCACCCCUUGGUGGGCAGGGCUGCUCUCGAGGAAGCCCGUGUCAGAGCAUGGAGCCACCCUUAGCAUCAGGUGACACUGCUACACCACCCCUUCAUGCAGCCGUCCACCUACACCCACUCCAGCCCCUGAGUUCGCCUGCUGCUCCCUAAGUGACAAGUCUGAAGGGACACCCCCACAAGGAGAGAAUAUUGUUUUCCAGGUUGGGGUUGGGGGUGGCUGCUGAGGAGCAGAGGAGAUAGCAAUGGACGUUGCAUGUUUAGUGACACAGUCCAGACAUAGGUGGGGAUUUGUGGAGUGGCAGGUGUCACUCACUACAAGUCCCCAGGUGGGAUGGCUCUCAGGGGUGUGUGUGCUUGGAAGCUUCCCCACCCCGCCACCCUACAAAGUCAAGAGCACACAGCCUGGGGGCCCUUCCAGGGGCCUAGGGUCCAGAGCGAGGAGGCUAUGCAUGCACAUCCUGCUGAACAGUGCAUCUGGCAGGAUGACAGGGUGAGGCCAGCUCCAAACAUCGCCCUUGGAGACACAACAUGGUCUCCGCACUGACCUUAGGAAAAGGGGGAGGUGACAGCUACCUGGACAUCAGAUGGCCAUGCUCACGGAUGACAGCAGCCUGGUGAAGAGCAGGCUCCCUGGCCAGCAGGUAUCAACUGGCCCACAGCCCUGCUGACGGUGAGGCUUUGUCUCUUGCUUGAAGGCCAGCACAAGGCAACAUGCAGAGGUGGAGGGCACCUUCCCCUCCUGGCUUCCUGGGGGUCAGUGUGUGGCAGAUGCUGGCUGUGGGAGUCACAGUGAGUGAGACACUUCUGGGCUUAGCAAUGACACUGUGGCCACAGUGGGACCCUCAUGCUAGGGCUGAGGCCUUUGGCAGCAGGGGUGUCCUGGGGAGCUGUUGCACACCUCAGGUUAGGAUGUGGAGCUGGCGGCACCCCUGGGCCCACCAUGCUGCCCACCCCAGCCAGCCUCAGGCCGACACACUGCUGGCCCUGUCCUGGGUAAGUGCUGGCUGCACUGAGGGGAGGGAAGGAAGGGACAAGCAGCAGGGUCCCCUCCCUCUGCUGCCCAGAUCCACAGGACCACAUAAAUGGCCCACAUAUUGGCCCUGCCCAUCACCCUUCUGUAUGCUAAGCUCUCUGGAGUCUCACAGGAGCAGCCCUGAGAGUGGCCCCACUGCAGAGACAGAGCACCCAGUAGUCCUGCUUAGGAGGAAGGAGAUGGAGACAGCAUAGAGAGGGUCCUCAGGAGAGGUCUUCGCCCCACAAACAGGAUGGUGGAAGAAACCAACUUCAGGAUGGGUCCCAGGCCCCCAUCCCACCCCAUAGCACUCCAUGUCCUUAGGUCUUCCCCAAACUUACACAUCUUGGCUAAAGCAGGCCUCAUGAGGGUCUGAGAUGAUGGAGGUAGAAACAGAGCUGGCAUUGGAGCUGCCUGGUCCUAACCCAAGGAGCAAGUCUCUGCUUUCCCACCUCGAGAGUUCCUGCCAUGCAGAUGCACAGGCUGCAGGUGAUCAACCUCCUCUGAGCCCCAUACUGACUCCCAGGCCCAUCUCAGGCCCUGCUGACUCUGGCUGCUUUGUGCUUUGUUGGUGGUGUUGGCAAAGGAAGCUGGGAAUGUAAGUGUAAGUUCUUCAGUUAGUGGUUGGAAGCACAGUUUAUGGCAGCUGUCAUCCCUUUUGCUGGCAUCCUUUGAGGCUUCCUUCACAGUGGCUGAGAGAGGAGCCUUUUAAGGACCCUCCAGCUCUCCAGCCAGUGCUCCUGAGGCCCCAACCUCACUUGGAGGCUAGGGCUGCCGGCCACUCCGCCUCCCUUGGACAGAGUGAGAUGCUCCUCUGUGGCAGCAGUUCAUGCAGAAAGCACACUGUGUAUCCCAGGGCCGGUCAGGCACUCCUUUCUCGUCAGAUGAUGGUUUUAUAAAAAUGUCAGACUGAGCAGGUGGUUGGGAGGGUCCUGUAUUUUUCUCAGCUUUCCUCCAGGUAGCAUUUUAGAAAUUCUCAAAGGGCUGGGGUCACAGAGAUGGGGAAGUUCUCAUGUCCAUGGUACCACCCACCCUAAACCUCACAGCACAAAGAAAUGGGAUCAAUCCCAGCCAGAGUGACGUCAAGUGCCCCCCACAUCCCAGGAAUAAGUUCUGGCCCCGGGGUUGUUAGGGAUGCCUUGGGCCUCAGUUAAACCCACAAUGGACCCUGGGCCACCAUCAUUUUUUCCAAUUUCUAUCAAAGCUGAGGAUGUGGAAGCCUGCCAUCCUUGGCACACUGUGCUCCUGUCAUGGAGCUGCUGCAUGUCUUGAAGGCCUGGCAGCCCACAGCCAGGGCCUCUAAAACUCCAGGAUGCUCCUGGUGCUGUCUGAGGGUGGAAAGGCCCAGUCCGAGUGUGUGAUGAGCUCCUGGCGCCAGUCCUGAAGCUCACAAUUGAGCUUCAGGACUUUCAUCUGGAUUCACUGAGAACCUCAGUUCCAAGCCCCUCUCCCUUCCUGGAUUUACCAAAAAGCCCAACACUCAGGUUGGUCUAAGCAACCCAGUAGCUGCCAUAAGUUUUUGAAAGUAGGUAGGGGUACACAUGCCCACAUGUGCUUCUCCCCAGGAGCCCAUGACUCCCUUCUGGGGGGCUCUCUGCUCCCCAGCCAUAUGCCCACCUGCUGUCCCUCUCCAGGGCCCUCUUCUUCUUGGGAUCCUUGGGCGUGGCACUCUCACCUCACUGAACCUGGCUGUGCUCAUCCCCGCAUCUCUCAGAGCAGCCUUUUGUGGAAAGGGCCAAAAUGGGCCUGCAGGAGGAGGAGGGAAGAGUGUCCUUUGCCUGUGGUCUUCUGGGGGCUGCCAUAGUCUUUUCUCCUGAGACCUCAUUCUGCUCCCAGGACCCACUAAACCCCAAAGAUGGGAGAAGGGGGGAAGGGAGCCCUUGGUUGGCCAUUUUCAUGAGUUAAAUCCCAUACAUCAUACAUGGUACCAUUUUAAAAGACAACUGGUGAAAACAAGACACAGGCUCUGGGUGCACCUCCAGACCUACACGGAUUGAGUGCCGCACCACCACCUGCAGUGGCUCAUGUGUGCUGGCUCUGUGUGGGUCGUCUCCUUUCUGCUAAGUCAGCUGCUGUCUAUCUCCAUCAUUCUCAGACAGUAGUCACUAUAGCCUCCCAUGUUCUCCUAUCUCACUUUCACUCAGUCCCACAGGGAGCUCCCCCAUCUAUCCCAGAGGGUAGUUACAGGCCAUUCCAAAGACUGGAUCUUUUCUUGAAAGAAAACAGCUAAUGUGGGAGACCUAAACAAGUUUCUGGAGUUGUUCUGGCCCCAAACCUUGCCACCUGAGGUCCCAGCCUGCUCUGGCAUAGCUUUCCCAGCAUUCUUGGACCUGGGUGACAGGACCAUAGCUCAGGAGCCUCCACCUGCAGCCCAAUGACCUGAGAAGCCUCCCUAUUUCUCCAGCCUCCCACCAGCUUCCAACUCCUUCACUUAAGCAGCAUCACUAUACCUGUCAUGAGAAAAAAAAUCCAUGUACAUAUCUCCAUAUAUAUAUUUAUAUAUACACACUUGUUCCCCUUAUAAAUACAUAAAGCAUGCAUCUCUUUGACAUUCCAAGUUUGUGGGUUUUUUAAUUCUUGGAAAA